UAAUUUGAUACAAAAUAUGUUUCUUUCCAUCGAAGCAGACAAGACAGCCAAACUCAUCAACAUGCACAAACAAGACCCAUCAUCAUCAUCAUCAUCAGCAGCAGAACAAGUUGCAGCAAACGACGAUCUCUUAAUCGAAAUUUUAACCCGUCUACCUCUGACAUCAUUACCAAAAUUCAAGUCCGUAUCCAAACACUGGCUCUCUCUCAUCACCAGCCCCUACUUCGCUCGCAUUCGUAAUCUCAACCCGAAUAUUAUCUCUGGCUUGUUAUUACACUCAUCGACACACAAACUCGUCCCCGACCUCGAUUUCAUUCCUCUUGAAACUAUCGAAAACCCAACUCUCUUUCCAAGUCUAUCAGCCAUUCGCAUUAUAAAUUCUUGCAAAGGGUUGAUAUGUUGCAAGAAUGAGCAAAAGUAUCAUAUUCUCAACCCUACAACCAAACAAUUCACUUCGCUUCCUGAACCCUGUGCUGCGCUUGGAAACUUGAGUCUAGCGUUUGAUCCUUCAAGAUCGCCUCAUUACAAAGUUGUUCAUGUUUGGUGUACUAACUAUGAUUCGUUUAGUGAGUCAUACACUGACCAGAGUUACUUUCAAAUUGAGAUAUAUUCAUCGGAGACUGGUUCGUGGAAAGCUUCUGGUGAACCUUUCGUUGCAGAUAUGUUUAUGUAUGUUCAUGGCGGGGUCUAUUGGAAUGGCGCGAUUAACUGGUUUUGUAACUGGGGGGAUUCGUUGUAUUUCAAUGUCGAUGAGGAACGCCUUGGAGUUUUGCCAAUGAUUGGAGGUCCGGAGCGCAAUGAUGUGGAUGAGAGGGAUAAUUGGCGUUUAGUGGAGUGUCGCGGACAUUUGCAUCUUGUUCAAGUUUAUGGUCUGAUGACUCGGUUCAAUGUUUAUGAGAUGGAGAAAGAUUACUCGGGGUGGUCUGUGAAAUACCGUGUUGAUCUUGAUUUGAUAGGUAUUGCAUUUCCUAGGAUGAUGAAGAGGCUGCCAACGGAUCCGAGUCAUUAUGCAUAUGCUGUGCUUACACUUGUGAGGGAAGAAAAAGAAGAGGACUCAUUUCUAGUGAUUCAUGUACCCGGUAAAGUCAUAGGAUACAAUCUUGUUGAUAAGAGUUUCAAGAAGAUAUGUGAUGUUGAUAAUGAGGGCGUGACCGAGGAUUCUUUGAUAUACUUCUGGUGUGAUGCUUUUCAAUACAUUGAGUCACUCUCUUGUGUUCGAUAAUAGUUGUUGCUUAAAUGCAUUUCAUUCACUUGUGUUCUUCUCGUAGUUA